AGGGACCAAUCUGAAGACAUCUGCCCUUUUGGACCGCUCACGCAACGACUGAUAUCAGCUUUAGUUGAAGAGAACAUCAUGACGCCAUUAGAUGAUCUUACACUUAUUGACACUGGGUCAAAGGGAGACAACACUGGCAGCGAAGCGAAUGCAUCACCUAGAAAUGGAAACAGACCAUUCACAGUACCGCACACCAGAGCAUUAGAAGCGAGAAUCAGAGAGGAAUUAUUGUACCAAGGUUUAUUGGAUACAGACGACCAAUUUGGUGAAGACACUGAUGACGAAGUCUUGGCUGAAUUAAAGAAACGACAAGCUGAAUUAAAGGCCUUAGGUGCUUAUAAUAGAUCCCAGAAACAGAAACUCUAUCGACUGGCGAAAGAAGAGAUGAAGAAACAGGAACUAAGACAGAAAUCCAGGAGUAUCGAUAAUGAUGUGGUGGAAGCAUACAGAAGAAUACAAGCAGCCAGACAGAAGAAACGAUCGCCAACUAAAAAAGAACGCGAGACUGCACUAAGAGCAUUAAGAGAAAGGGAGGCUGUUCUUAAACUUUUAGAUUCUUAAGUUAAAUAGUAAUUGCUACUAUAGGGAAGGUGAAGUACUUUUAGUUAGUAUAGAUAUGUGUAUUGGAGAGAUAUGAUAAACGAUCCAUUGAAAUCAUGUUAUACAUACUUAUACUUGGAAUAGUAUUCUUAAAUCCAUAUGAAUUCCAUGCACAUGUCAUUCCAUGAACACCCAAAGAAAGCAAGGACUAGUUUGAUUGUAGAAACAGAAAUGAUUGACUCGUGAUUUUAAUUCAAGAAGGCAUCAGAAAAGACAACAUAAGACGAACCAUCGCUGUUUCUUUCACUUGUAUCAGUGAUUUAUAUCUUGUCACAUCUUUUAGGCGUUCAUUGCAUAUCACUCUAGUUCUAUUCCCUUAUUUUUUAUCCACCUUUGAUACUAUUCUCACAUGAUUUGUGUUAGCUCAGUGCAUGAUUUCAAUGAGAUGUUCAUUGCAUAUCACCCUAGUUGUCUACCCUUAUCUAUCUACCCUUGAUGGUAUAUGUUUUAGUAUUUGUUAGUAAUAAAUUAUUGAACUUUAUAUUUAAUGUUCUUCAAGCAGGAUUUGAUAGUAAGAAUUUACCUCUUAAGACAUGGUCAUGAAUUGACACGCUCACACUUACAGCACUGUCCUGUUUGUUGUUCUGAGCUUAUAAGCCUCAUUAUGUUGAAAAGGGAAUAAAUGUGACUUUUAAAUUUUUUGUUGCUUUUUCCUAUAUUCACACUGCUUUAGAGUUUACUGUGAAAUGCUUUAUUUUGGCUGGAAUUAAUUUUCACUGAAAAGACUUUGCGUUGUGUGUGGAAUUUAUUUUCACUGAUUUUUGACGAGUUGAAUGUAAAAUAUAGGAAGAAGGUAUAUUCGCUUGAUUUUAUUUUCACUGAAUCAUUCCUUCAGCGAAAAUAGCAAAAAUUAAUUCCAAGUGAAAAUAAAGUAUUUUACAUUACUUGAUAUUGUAAAACAAAUACUGUAAAAGGAUUAAUUAUUCACUGGGUUUUAAUUUUGCUUAACUCAGCGACUGGAAAAUGCGCUAAAUUAAAACCCAGUGAAUAUGUAAAAUUUAACACAGAACAAGUUAUCUGAAUGAUAAAAUCGUGAAUAUAAAAAACCCAAUGAAUAUGCAUAAAAUGGUAAAUCAGCGAAGUUUAAACCCAGAGAAAAUUAGUAAUUUUACAGUAUAGCAUUUGCAAUACAUGAGAUGAUAUUUGUGCAUAUGCAAUUUGAAUUACCAGGCUUAUUUGCAUGAUAGUUCCUCACUAUUUCAUUGGUCUCGCUAGCAUACAAAUAGUGAAUGUGCUACAGCCACAUCCUGUUCAUGAUGGGACUCGUAGUGAUGUACUGUAGAAUACUUUAUUUUCGCUGAAGGGAUGAUUCCGUGAAAAUAAAAUCCAGCGAAUAUACUUUUUUUCCUAUAUUUCACAUUAAACUCAUCAAAAAUCUGUAAAAAUAAAUUCCAUAAAAAACGUCCAAAAAGCCUUUUCAGCAAAAAUUAAUUCCAGCGAAAAAAAAGUAUUCCACAGUAUACAACAUUAUUGACAACACAGUUUACAUGAAUACAGUACUUCCACUCGUGCAUAUUAAUAUUAAUUCAAAAUCCUAACGUGAUAGUCAAUGGUCAGACACAGGAACACCAUUUAUACUCCUCUUAUCAAAAUACACAGCUGGCUUAUUCUUCAUACAGUAGAUAGCUGAAGUAACAAUUUUUAAGCAUUGCAGGACUCUGCUACAACAGAUACAAGAAUACAACAGAUGCUUGAACACUGUAUGUACUGGUACUUGUCUUGAUAUAUUAAAGUUGAAUAUCAGAUUUGCUACUAUCAGUGACUGUAACUUAAGAGCAACUUUACCGUUUUAUGUAAUUGUGUUUUCAGUAGAUUCAAUCUUGUAGUGUUGAAAAGCAAGUAAUAAAAGUGAAAUUGUUAAUCUUGCUAUGCUUUUACCUGUCCAUAGAUUUGAUUGAUUGAAUAAAACUGAGUUGAAAUUGA